GUUUGACAGAAGUGCUAGUAAUUUCGCGUCCCGUAUUCCCGUUUUUAAUUUUCUGUUCUAACUUUAUUUGAUCUAAUUUCUUCGAAACCGAAUGAAAAGAGUUAAUCACGACAGUAACUAAUUAAUUGUCUUUGCAAAAUGAAUCGCAGAAGGGCUCAUGAUGAUGACGAUGUUUACGAGCGUUUGCAUAGAAAAAGACGUCGUGUGUCGGAAAAUCAAGAAAUAGAAGACAGGUUGGAAUCCCUAAUUUUAAGAGUGGGCGAGAAAAGUAGCUCAACUUUGGAGAGUAAUUUAGAAGGCUUAGCGAGUGUUUUAGAAGCAGAUCUCAGUACAUUUCGAGUGAAAAUCCUACGUAUUCUCACUGAAUGUGCUAUUCGAAUGCCGGAGAAAUGCACUAUUUAUGCGACAUUGGUUGGAUUGCUCAAUGCGAAAAACUAUAACUUUGGUGGAGAGUUUGUGGAAUACAUUGUGAAAACUUUCAAGGAAAACCUGAAGACUGGCAAAUGGAAUGCAGCUCGGUAUUGUUUAAGAUUCAUUUCUGAUUUAGUCAAUUGCCAUGUGCUGGCUGCAUCCUCUUUAUUGACCCUUCUGGAGACUUUGGUAGAUUGUGCAAAUGAGGAUGGUGUUCCCCAAGUGAGGAGAGAUUGGUUUGUGUUCGCCGUGCUGUCCGCCCUGCCGUGGGUAGGGCGGGAGCUGUAUGAGAAGAAGGAAUCUCAACUGGAGCACUUGCUUGUAACUAUUGAAGUGUUUUUGAACAAGCGCAGCAAGAAACACUGGCCGGCACUCAAGGUGUGGUCGGCAGACUCUCCUCAUUUGCAGGAGGAGUACUUAGACUGCCUUUGGGCUCAAAUCAAGAAGUUGAGACAGGAUAAUUGGUCAGAGAAACAUAUUCCAAGACCAUACCUUGCCUUUGAUUCUAUUUUGUGUGAGGCUUUGCAGCAUACACUGCCUGCUAUUCAGCCACCACCUCAUAAUGACGGCGACUCAUAUCCGAUGCCGCGCGUCAUCUUCCGCAUGUUUGACUACACAGACUGCCCUGAUGGCCCCGUUCUCCCUGGGGCACAUUCCAUUGAGAGAUUCCUCAUCGAAGAACACCUCCACAACAUUCUGGAGGCCUACCACCUUGAACGCAAGGAGUGUGCUGCUCAGCUCCUAUGUUUCCCGUACAAAGCUAAAAUACCAUUAGAAUACUGCAUUGUUGAAGUGAUAUUUGCUGAACUGUUCAAUCUGCCCAGACCGAGAUACCUGGAGAUUUGUUAUGGGUCUAUUCUUAUUGAGCUUUGUAAGCUGCAGCCGUCUACAAUGCCUCAAGUACUGGCUCAGGCCACUGAGAUACUGUUCCUGAGAAUUGACACCAUGAAUGUAGCAAGUUUUGACAGGUUUGUGACAUGGUUUUCUUACCACUUGAGCAACUUCCAAUACCGCUGGUCCUGGGAUGACUGGGAGGGAUGUCUGCAGUUGGAAGCUGACCAUCCUAAGCCAAGAUUUAUCAGAGAAGUCCUAGGAAAAUGUCUUAGGCUCUCAUAUCAUCAAAGAAUUAAGGACAUAACACCAGAGACAUUUGCAUCCCUUGUGCCACUGAAACCAGAGCCCAUCUACAAAUAUUCCAUGGAAGGAGCAGCGGCCCUCCCGGGCACCGAAGCAGCGCACCAACUGGUGGUGAACGUGCGCAACAAAUGCACUCCUGAAGAGGCGCUGAACGUGCUACGAGACCUCCCUAACCCGUUAAGGGAGGGUGAGCAGCCGGCAGCGGCGCAGGCGGCUCCUCAUAAUCCAUUGAAGAUAGACGUGUUCGUGCAGACGCUGCUUAAUCUCGGCAGCAAGAGCAUCUCGCAUAGCUUCGCCGCCAUCUCCAAGUUCCACUACGUGUUCAAGGCAAGUUGGCUCUUAUACAGCUGCAAUAAGGCUGACUUUACAACCGCUAAGAUCGACGUGUUCGCUUCGCCGCCAUCUCCAAGUUCCACUACGUGUUCAAGGCAAGUUGGCUCUUAUGCAGCUGCAAUAAGGCUGACUUUACAACCGCUGCGAUCGACGUGUUCGCUUCGCCGCCAUCUCCAAGUUCCACUACGUGUUCAAGGCAAGUUGGCUCUUAUGCAGCUGCAAUAAGGCUGACUUUACAAC